AUAUACAUUCCCAGUGAUUUUAACACGAUGUAACAGCUUCAGGGGAUAUUAAACCAAUAGAUGUACGUUUAGCAUACUUCCAAUUAGUGUACUGUAUUCAUGGAGACACGUAGGCGUUGUAUUUAAUGGAAAAGUAAAGGAAAUACACAAACAGGGAUAAUACUUCGUGAAAGUCCAUUAAUAAACAAAGUAUGUAUUACUACUUUGGGCGUUAAUCUCACACCUUAAUAAAAAAAAAUUAAAACGUAGGCUAAUAAAAAUGAUUAUUCUAAACCAAGUCCAUAAACAGCUUCUGGAGCCCACGUGUGAGUAAUUGGUGAUGAGAAAGUGCCAUAUUCUGAAGUUCUAAAGUUCAAUAUCAGCUGCAGCCCGGAAUCUGAGUUGAAGUUCUGCACAUGAAAAUGGCUACAUACUCCGUCCUAUCGGGAUCCGUCGCUUUGAUCACUCUUCAGAAUCCACCCGUCAACGCACUCAGUGAGGCAGUGCGCACGGGCAUAACAGACGCCGUGCAAAGAACCCUGAAGGACCCGCAGGUGACGUCGGUAGUCAUCUGUGGACAGAACGGGAGGUUCUGUGGGGGGGCCGACAUCAGGGAGUUUGCGGGGCCUAUGUCGGGACCCCCACUGGUCCCCAUGAUCCAUGCUUUAGAGGCUAUGGAGAAGCCCGUAGUGGCUGCCAUCGAGGGUCUAGCACUGGGUGGGGGCCUGGAGUUAGCCCUUGGCUGCCACUAUCGCAUUGCACACAGCCAGGCCCUGCUUGGUCUGCCAGAGGUGACCCUGGGUCUGCUACCGGCAGCAGGGGGAAGCCAGCGUCUCCCCAGGCUGAUAGGGUUACCAGCCGCUCUGGACCUCAUCACAACUGGUCGCCAUAUCUCCGCCUCUGAAGCCCUGAAGCUGGGGAUUGUAGAUCAGGUUACCGAUGACAACGCUCUAAAGAUGGCUGUGGAGUUUGCCAGGAGCGUCGUAGGACAGCCCUUAGGCCCCCGGCGGUUAAGUACCCGGCCUUGCCACAGUCCCCCAGACGUGGACUCUGUCCUGGACCAAGCCUUGGCACAGGUCUGGCAGCGUGGCCGAGGAGCCCUAGCCCCGGUGGCCUGUGUUGGGGCUCUGAGGGCAGCCGCUACCCUGCCCUAUGCCCAGGGCAUGGAGAAGGAGAGGGAGCUGAUGGCCACGCUGUUCAACAGCGGCCAGGCGAGAGCGCUUCAGUACGCCUUUUUCUCCCAGAGGGUGGUGGGGAAGUGGCAGCCUAGCGGGGCGCGCUGGGACAACAGCACCACCAGGACCAUCCGGAAAGCUGCUGUCAUCGGUCUGGGCACCAUGGGCCGCGGCAUUGUCGUGGCACUGGCUCUGGCCGGCGUGUCGGUGGUUGCCGUGGAGAGCCAGGAGAAGCAGCUUGCGGCGGCCCGUCAGAUGGUUCCAGAAAUGCUGCAGCGAGGGGCGGGGCGAAGAGGUCUGGACACCCCCCCCGGAGUCAUCAGCUUUAGCUCCGGCCUGGAGGACGUUAGCGAGGUGGAGCUGGUGAUCGAGGCGGUGUUUGAGGACAUGGCUCUGAAGCGCCGGAUAUUCAGCCGGCUGGCCACGGUGUGCCGGCCCGGUACCGUACUCUGCUCCAACACCUCCGGGCUGGACAUCGACCAGCUGGCAGAGGCCACCCAGAACCCGGCCCUCGUGGUGGGCAUGCAUUUCUUUGCUCCGGCCCAUGUCAUGAAGCUCCUGGAGGUGGUGUGCGGUCCUCGUUCCUCUCCAGAGGCAGUCGCCACAGCAAUGGUGCUGGGUAAAAGGAUGGGUAAAGUCAGCGUUGCUGUGGGCAACUGCCCGGGCUUUGUGGGUAACCGGAUGUUGAAGCCUUACAUGGAACAGGCCAACUUCCUAUUGGAGGAAGGAGCCACGCCUCAGCAGGUGGAUGAGGCGCUCGAGGGGUUUGGGUUCCCGAUGGGCGUGUUCCGUAUGUCUGACCUGUCAGGGCUGGAUGUGGGCUGGAGGGUCAGGAAGGAGGCGGGGCUUACAGAGCAGGGGGUGGAACCAACCAGGAUGCGCCAGGGGCAACGGUACAGUCCAUUACCUGACCAGAUGUGUGAGGGAGGCCGGCUGGGUCAGAAGACUGGCAGAGGUUGGUACCGGUAUGACGGGCCAGGCGGCAGAGUGGCGAGGUCCGACCCGUGGGUACAGAACUUCCUGGAGACUUACAGGGCUCGGCAUGGCCUGGUGCCACGGCGCAUUGCCACAGAGGAGAUCCUGGAGCGCUGUCUCUACGCUUUGACCAACGAAGGCUUCAACAUCCUGCAAGAUGGCGUGGCUGCAGGGCCGGAAGACAUCGAUGUCAUCUAUGUGUUUGGGUACGGCUGGCCCCGGCACCGCGGAGGACCCAUGUUCCAUGCCGGCCAGGUGGGGCUGGCCAGGGUUUUGGAGAAGCUGGAGCACUACCAGCACAGCCACCCUGACGUUCCCCAUCUGAAACCCAGUUCAUUGCUGCGGAGGCUGGUUGCCGCGGGGAGUCCUCCCGUCCAGAAGUGGAGGGAGUUCAUCAGCAAGGACAGAGUUCACAGCCAGCUAUGAGAUGCCCAGGGCACACCUGUCACUUCAAUCCCACGAGAAAAUAAUAAAGUCUGUCACUCUGGA